AUGCUCUCGCGCUCCGCCGUGCAGGCGCUGCGCGUCAGCCGGACGACCGUCGGCUCGACCUCGCGUCCCAUGCUCGCCUCCGCCCUCCCGGCCCGUACCCGCAGCUAUGCGACCGAGGUUUCGAACGGCUCGUGGUCUCCUGAAGAGGAGCUGCUCUUUGGCGGUCCUCCCCCGCCCAAGACCAACACCGACGCUAUCAUGAAGCGUUACACUGGAAAGGGAUUCCCUCGUAUUCCCGGUCUCCGUCAUCUCGUUCAACCCUUCCACCCGCAUCUGUACCAGGGCAAGCCCCUGCGUGAUCUCACGAUUGCACGCAGGCGUAACGGUGGACGCAACUGCACUGGUCGCGUUGUGAACCGUGGUGUUGGCGGUGGACACAAGCAGCGUCUCCGUAUUGUCGACUUUUACCGCCUCGAGCCCGGAACUCACGACGUGGUGCGCAUCGAGUACGACCCGGGACGCAGUGGCCACAUUGCCCUGCUCCACCGCCGUGGUGCCUCCGCUGCUGGCGAGACGCGCGUGUCGGCUGCCGACGGCGCCAUCCUUGCCGAGGUUGAGCCCACGCUUCCCGGUGGAAACACUGAGGCGCGCCUGAAGCGCAACGAGGUCAAGGCCGGUUGGUCGUAUAUCCUCGCUCCUGACGGUCUGCGUGCUGGCGACACUGUCCAGUCGUUCCGUGCUGGUAUCCCCGAGGGUCUCGUGGAGGGCUGGGUCGACCCGUCCAAGGCUGCCGACGUUGUCGACUCGAUCCACUCGACCACCACCCGUGCGCUUGGUCUCCUCCGUUCCAUCACCAUCAAGCCUGGAAACGUCCUCCCCCUCUCGUUGAUUCCUCCCGGAACCAACAUUCACAACCUGUCCACUUCGCCUGAUGGCCGUAUGCAGCUCUGCCGCUCGGCAGGCACUUUCGGCCAGGUCGUCGCCCACCACAACGACGACGGUCACGCUGUGGGUGGUGCCGAGGUUCUCAAGCUCGGCGGCACCAUGGGCGAUGACGGCAAGCGCCUCAAGAAGGCCGGUACCGUGCUCGUCAAGCUCCAGUCGGGCGAGGUCCGUCGUCUUGACCCCACCUGUGUUGCCACUAUUGGUAUGGUGUCCAACAAGGAGCACCAGCAGCGCUCGAUCGCCAAGGCCGGCCGUAACCGCUGGCUGGGCAAGAGGCCAAAGGUCCGUGGUCUGGCCAUGAACGCGUGCGACCACCCUCACGGUGGUGGUCGUGGUAAGAGUAAGGGUGGCAAGCACCCCCGCUCGCGUACUGGCUUGCUCCAGGGUGUGCGUACCCGUCGUCCCAAGGACAAGGACGGUAACAAGGCCGUGGUCAGCCAGCGUCCUCGUGGUAAGAACAGGAGGUAA